AUGGCGGAUUCACCUGGCGGAACCGAGUCUGUGGGAGACUCGGGCGACGACGCUGGACUUACCAUCAGAAUUCCAAAUCCAAAAGUGUACAUGGCUCGUCAGUCGCAGUGGAAAGGAAGGAGAGGUAAACCGCGAUGUGAUCAUUGUCGGUUGAACAAUUUAAAAUGCGACCGAGUGCUGCCGACCUGUAAUCAUUGUGCUUGGGCGAAUGGGAGGAAAUGCAAGUAUACUCCCCUGCCUACGCCAGCUCACCGAGGAAUUCCUAGAUGUGAUAGGUGUCGGCAGCGGAACCUCAAGUGCGACCGUAAUCUUCCAGUAUGCAACCACUGUGCAGAAGAUAAUGAGACGGAUUGCAAUUACACGCCGAAGAAACGGCACAAAGUUCCUUCGGAUCACGGCAGCACCAGGGAUAGACCCGCAGCUCCUUAUGCAGCUAAAACGGCUUCUUUCCUGGUGUCGGAUAUGCCAUCGACGUACGGGGCGCUUCCCGUUGCUGAUGGCAGCGGCAGCUACAACAAUAAUAGUAACAACAAUUCUUCAGGCCCCUCAGGUAGUCACGUAUUUGAGGGCGAGAUGCGAACGGAACCGCAGAUCAAACAAUAUAUGCCACCUGGUUCUCCCGGAUUUUACGAUGAAGAACCGGGGAUGGAUGACCCGAAUGUCGCAUACCAGCAGCAGAAUCCCGACGGCUCCGUUACUUGGGUGCGAAAAGGGCCGCUACCCCCUCUCCUCCCAAAAAAUAUUCCCCCGGGACAAGGGCCGUCUGCGUACAAUCGCCCAUUCAUGCUCGAUCAAGGCAUGAUCGUCACGACACCGCAUAUUGAUCCCUGGAUGCACCCGUCGUUCGUUCCUCUCCCGGAUCUCGUCGUCAACACCCUGCGUACAGUCAAUGCGAUCGAGAUGCCCACACGGCAUGCCUUCGAGGAAGUGCUCGUCCGGUUCGUGGGCGGUCUGUCCCCCGAAUUGCGGGAUACGGCCACGUUUAUCCCGGAGGUCUAUGCGCAUCUCGCUCAUGCGGUGGCGCAAGGGCACAUACAGGAACUUUCUCUCCGAAUGCAGAUGUGGUUGACGUGCCACCAUGCACGCUCGGGAUCGAGGAAGCGUCACCUCAUCCUUCUCCCGCGGGAUGCGUUCUUCAACAUGCACAGAGACGACGAGGAGAAGUUGAGGCUGAACUACGUCUUGCAAACUGAUGGAGAAGCAGAGGUUGAACAUGUGGAGAAGGACUCGGAGAAUGGGCUUGGGUCGCUAGAAUCUGCUGCGGUGUUCGAGCGCGUCCCAGUCCAGCCCCAGAUAUUCGACAUUUUGGUUUACAUCCACAGGAACCAUGGCUCAUCAUCUACUAUGCUCUUCGAAGCAAGGCGGAUUGGUAUGGCAACCAUCACUUGGCCGAUGGUGGAGAUGUUCAUCCGCCUAUGCCCUCUCUGCAAGAUGCGCUCCAAGGGCGCAGCGCGCGUAAUUCCUGAGGAGGAGCACCCGUCGUCGUCGUUCCGUCCUCCCUCGAAUUUGAAGCGAUGA